AUGCUGCUGGAGAAGCUGUCGGCGCUGGCAGCCUGGCUGGGCGGCGGCGAACAAAGUCAGGGCCAGACCUCGCCCAGCUACUUCACGGCCGCGGCAUGGAAGAGAGCUGCUAACACCGUGCUGGCUGCCAACUAUAUCUGCUCAGCAGGCGCCCGCUCGCCCACCAUGUGCGGCUUCGAGCUGGGGGAGCGGCUCGGGAUGGACCGGCUGCGGAGGAGGCUGCGCUUGCCGCCGCUGCGCGCCGCCCGCGUCAGGCCCCUGUUCGCCCGCCCGGCGGAGCACUUCGAGCAGCAUGUGCACAGAGCUCGGGAGGCGCUGCUGUCCAAAAUAGACCGCGUGCGACCCAAGUGGCGGCCGCGGUCCUCCUCGCUGCCCGGGGGCCGCUCGUCCUCGGACCGGACGAGCACGGCGGCGGCGGCGGCCGGCCAGAGCGUGUCCAGCGUUGAUCUGACGCGCCCCGAGCCGCCGCAGCCGGACCUGCAGCCGGCGCACUCCACCGUCUCCGUCGAGACGUCGCACACCUUCCGCUACCGGCGACCAGAGAGCUACGAGAACAUCCUGCUGACCGAGCGGCGGCGAUGUCGCUCCGAGAUCUCGCUCGACUCCGGCGACGAGGUGCUGGCGCGCCUGCGUGCCAUGGACCGCGCGCGCGGCUUCGGCCGCCUCCAGCCCGACCUCAGCCUGCCGACCGCGCGGCCCGUGGAGGUGGUGCGCCCGAUGCGCGGCCGUAAGACGCCGCCGCCGCGGCCGCCGCCGCCCAAGCUGGAGCCGUUGCGCGCCGCGUCCGUGGCUUCGCUGCACGCGCCGCUGCCAACCGUGCAGGAGGAGAGACCGGCGCUCCGCAGUCGCCACUGA